UGAUUUUAUAUUGUUUUCUAUCUUAACCCUUGUCUGUUCAUUUCUUGUUUUGAUGCAGAGUUCGACAUCAAAAGGUACUUGGAUUAGUAUCAUGUCUCCUAUAACCCCUCCAGGUGUGGUCACUGGUGGGUCGUCACCUAUGUUCAUCACUCUUUCUAAACCAACUUCUCUCGUGGCGAGAAUGGAAUUGGACGGUGGUGUCAAUCUCCAGGUCUCCACUACCUCUCCACCGGGUGUGCCCCCUUUUCCAUUGUCUUAUUUGACGGCCAUAUAUUCUAUUUAUUCUCGGUGGUACCGUGGUUCUGUCUUUUUUAAAUUAAUUCUAUUGUAUUUUCCUCUUUUAUAUCCGUUGCCUUCUAUUGCCUACAACCACGUACUUAUAGAAAAUUUGGUGAUCUUACCCUAAGAAUAACGGUCAGUGUGAUAGAUAGCGCAGUCCUGACUGAUCACCCAUAUAUAGUAAACAGACCGAAAGAUAAUAUCCAGCAGCAAAUCAACACCCCCCGAAAGAAAUGGACUGUUGAUCCAAAUUAACACUGACUUGUUUGGCGCUAGUGUGCAUUACGCAAGCAGUCACUCUGGUGGCUUCCCAGCCAAGCAACUCAAAUUACCCGCGUUCAGCGGCCACUUGUCCAUAGCGUCGCCGCCGAUGGUCCCUGGCCUCGGGUGGGGAAUGCGGCGAUCUGAUGGCUGAUGGCUGAUGG